AUGGACGGAAAGAAACGGAAAGAUUUUGCGCUGCCCGAUAGUAUCAAAACCUCCAUCCAGUCCAUUCCACUCAACUCAGGAAGCGAUGUUAAGGAUAUUGUGAUUCAGUUUCAAGAAGCUCUGCAGUUGAAAGCAACAUCUAUGGCCAUUCCAGAGCCUGAGACGAAAAGUAUGAUUCGUGACCUCGCCCUGAGAGCUAAAUCUGAGAAACGGGAUGAUUUGGUGAGACACUUACGAGAUAUUACACCUGCUGGUACUACUGGACCGUUGUUGAAUGAGGAUAUGUCAGUUGGUUGCAUGCCAUAUAAACAAUACGAGGAGUUAACGUUCAGCCUCUCGGGUGGAGACGAGUGGAAACUGUUGGCAGAAAGGCUGGGUUUAUCCCAAAUCCAGAUUCGCUUUCUAGACAAGAGAGUUACGAAUCCUUCUGACGUUGUCCUUAGCGCUGUGGGAAAGCAUCGCCACCUGAGUGUCGGAGAAAUCUAUGACACAUUAGUCGACUGCGAGCUACCAGCUAUCGCAGAUCUAAUGUAAAUUAGAAUAUGAAUACCAGAAGAAGGCGACUGAUACAGCAAGAACCAGUAGCAAGAAGCAAGGUAGCGGCCGAAGACUUAUUUGCGAGAGAUCUAAGGGAAAAUACAGUUCUUGAGCUUGGAGUCGAUAAUAAUGCGUUGAGGUGCGACAGCAUCAUUUGAGCAGAUUAAUAGUUGCUCAUAAUUGCAUGUUUGUAAAGUACGAAAAAAAACUUUAAAUGUAGAUUUUCUUUGAAUUUAUAUCUUCGUUGUCCUUGCGAGUAGGUAUAUCAUAGACAUAAAGCCAUUAUGAAUUAAUUUGGAGUAGUUGUUGCAUUUGAAACGGAGGAACUACGGAAAAAGGACCGAGGUUGACUUAUCUCCACUAACAGAGGUAUAGCCUCGGAUAGGGCCUGGUAAAUAGCAUGUGACAAUCUUCAAUAUAUUAGAUUCGUGGCCUUUAAUUCAAGUAUAUUUUCCGUGUUUUCUGGCCAGUUAAAUGAAAUUUUUUAAAAGCACCAGUGAAUCUAAUUUCUCAUUUCUAUCGAAAAACAAUUUUAACAUGGUGAGGACAUGCUGAAAUAAUAUAGUUUUGCAUUACUUUUAUGUCUUCAUGGCCAUGGUCUUGGUGCUAAUUUUAAUCUUUCUGAGCUUUUUGUGCAUGCAAGUGAUUAAAGGGACAGUAACAACAAAUGUUCAUUUUAUCGGAAUAUUAUUACAACAUAAUAGCAGGGAUUUACAGCGCAGGGAAGGGAUGGGAUCCUCCGCUAAAUAGCUCAAAUAAAUAGCAUGCAAGACGUUUGAAAUCUAGUCGUAAGCAUCAAGUGCUUCCUUCCUAUUCAGCAGUGACGAAAUUUCUUUAACCGCGGAACUCAAAUGAAGUGACAAGGUUUACUUGUGCAUGCAACAUCUCUGUAUUGGUAUCCAGUUUUCAUAUUUUGUUGACAAAUACACUGCUAGAAAAUGAUGAUCUCGUAGUUAGUAACACAUGUACACUCUGAAAUUCCCUUUUUGGUUUGAUAAAAGAAUAAGAAGGUUUUUGUUUCAGAAAGAAAAAAACUCAGUUGAACAUUAGAUUAACCUUUCAGAUUGCAGUUAUCCAUCUAUACCUUUAGAUAGAGAAAGACGUCUUGAGAGUGAAGUACACUAUUGAAAAAACAAUGA